AUGACGUGGCUUCUCGUUUCCCUUAUUUUAUUCUCCGUUACCAUCGGAAUCCACUGCGUUGCCAAGUUCGAAGUGACAUCAGUUUCCGACAGCAGUUUGGUCAUAAAAAUGGUUGAAGCUGGGAAUGUGACAAACUUCGACAUAACCGUUCAGAUAUUUGAUCUCUCGAAACAAAGGUUAUUCAGAAGGACACAGUUGGAUCAUGUCAAAAAUGAUCAGCUUCUUUCAUUCGACGGCUUGAAACCUGACACGUGGUUUGCGGUUCGCAUUGAAUACCGACUCAAUUUUGCAGAGGAUGUUGUGGAUAACGGGUUGAGAAUGACUAAACAGGAAAUGGUAAUAAAAACCAAGAAGACUAGUCGAGACGAUCCGAAGAAAAUCGAGCAAAUGGUGGCGUUCAUUGAUGAUUUAUUUGUGACGAAAGAUAAUAUUUAUAUUGGUGUUGGAUCGGUUUUCAAGGAGAUUAAAAAGAUCUCCACAGUCAUCGUCCCGGAGCUGAGGUGCUCGAAAGGAGUGUUAAGUCCAGUAUCUCAACAAGUUAUUCAGCAUGCUUCAUUUCAUUUUGAUCUAUCGAAACUACCAAAAGAAGAUCGGAAGUGUAGUACGAUCUGCGUGUUCCCCUAUCUCCGAAUCCUAACAGAAAACGCUGUCACCGAAACAUUCCGAGCAAAAGAAUGGUGUGGAAGUGCGGAAGAAGCCCGGCAUCUUCUCACGAAUAGGUCUCCAAAAAUGAGCUUGAUAUCAUAUUUUAUAAUUCUAAUACUGUCAGUAAUACUAUUCCAUUAG